UAUCAGCAGCCUCGAAUUGAAUUUUUGGGAGGUUUAAACCUUCUUCUUUCUUCCCACUUUCAACUUUUUAUUCCUUCUCGCAUCGUGUUUUUUUGGGUACUCGCGCAAUGCAGAUUGACGGGAUAAUACGGAGGCGGUUAAUAGUAUCAGCUGGAGCUGCUGCUUUUGCGUCGCGGAUAUGGUUCUCGUCGUCGGCGCGGUGUGUUGCCAGAUUCGACUCUCGAGACCCGCCACUGACUCUUGCCCACUUCGUCCAAGCCUCGGCCGCGCGACAGCUCUGGCGCACUUGUCUCCGCACAAUCAAAGGUCUUCCGGACCGCGCGACGCGGAAGGAAAUGGCGAGUUGGGCGCGCCAUGAGUUUGAGUCUCAUCGCCAUGAGCGGGAUCUGGAACAGAUUAAAUAUCUGAUUGCGAAUGGACGGAAGCAACUUGAGAUUAUGGCAGAGACGUUGAUGAGAUCCGGGGUUCGAUAGCCUGAGUUUGUGUGUUAUAGAAUAAUUAUACAAAAGCCAGAAUUAGAAUUGC